UGAACACGUAACUAACGGUUCAGAUCGAAGCAUUAUCCAUCAACGACGGCAUAAGAUCUAUCAGGAGCAUCAAGUGCCAUGGACACGCCAACACCCACUGCAGCGGUUGUAUAAAAACAGCACCUCACGUUUGGUGCCCUAAUUCUCAAAUUCCAAUUCUCGAUUUACCACCAAAAAUUGUCACUAGAAGAAAGCAGAAGCAGAGUUUCAUUUUCGUUAACUCUCUUCUCUGCAACGUAGCUGUUUAUCUUCCCUUCAGAUUUUUCGGGUGAAGGUAAAAGCCUUUUGUUUUAAGUAUGGGAGAUAGCGAAACUGUAGUUGCUGAAACAUCUAUGGCUGAGACUUAUGCUUCGGCUGGAUAUGCUGACACUGUCUCAAAUCCUGUUCCCGAGGCUGGUGAUACUGUUCCUCAGUCCGCUGAAGAAGCUGCUAUGGGCAAUUCAACUUACGGAUUUGGUUAUUCUAAUGUUGGUGAUGGGAAUGCAUACGCUGGGGAUCCUAAUUCUGUCCUACAAGAAGCCCAAUUCAAUGCAACAGAUGAUUCCAAGCAAGCUGUUGGAGUGACUGAUGCUAAUGUGGCCUCUAGUGGGAUUGGAAACACAGCUACAGAGUCUGCUCUAGUUUCUGACUACAAUUCAUCUGUAAAUGGCGGCGUUGUUGGUGAAGUGGCUAAUGAAGCAGGCCUCGAAAACGGGAAUGCAUUGGAGAAUAUUGAUGGGUCAGCUGAUGAGAAGCAGCUUGCGGAUGGCUAUGCUGCCUUGUCUGCUGAAGAAGAUCGACUAUGGAAUAUUGUAAGAGCUAAUUCUUUAGAUUUUACUGCUUGGACCACCUUGAUUGAAGAGACAGAGAAGGUGGCAGAGGACAACAUUUUGAAGAUUCGAAGAGUUUAUGAUGCUUUUCUAGCAGAAUUUCCUUUGUGUUAUGGUUAUUGGAAGAAAUAUGCUGAUCAUGAGGCGCGUCUUGGCUCUGUUGAUAAAGUUGUUGAAGUGUAUGAGCGCGCUGUUCAAGGGGUUACAUAUUCGGUGGACAUGUGGUUGCAUUAUUGCAUUUUUGCUAUAAGCACGUAUGGAGAUCCAGACACAGUUCGUAGAAUGCGUGCAACAGUGAUAUCUCCCUUAUAUGGCGGAAAAGCUUUGAUGGGAUUGCUUUUUGAACGAGGAUUAGCUUAUGUUGGAGCAGAUUAUCUUUCUUUUCCUCUUUGGGAUAAAUAUAUUGAAUAUGAGUACGUGCAGCAAGACUGGGCCCGCCUUGCCUUGAUCUACACCAGAAUAUUAGAGAAUCCAAACCAGCAGUUGGAUCGGUAUUUCAGCAGCUUCAAGGAGUUAGCUGGAAAUCGACCUUUGUCAGAAUUACGGACUGCUGAUGAAGCUGCUGCAGUGGCAGAUGUUGUUUCAGAGGCUACUGGUCUUGCUAUUGAGGGAGAGGUUCGUCCUGAUGGUGCAGAGAAUUCUCCUAAACCUGUAAGUGCUGGCUUAACAGAAGCAGAAGAGUUGGAGAAGUAUAUCGCCAUUAGAGAAGAGAUGUAUAAGAAAGCUAAAGAGUUCGAUUCUAAGAUCAUUGGUUUUGAAACAGCUAUCAGGAGGCCCUACUUUCAUGUACGUCCCCUCAAUGUUGGAGAGCUUGAAAAUUGGCACAAUUAUUUGGACUUUAUAGAAAAAGAGGGUGACUUAAGCAAGAUUGUCAAGUUGUAUGAGAGAUGUGUCAUUGCAUGUGCCAAUUAUCCUGAGUACUGGAUACGCUAUGUUUUGUGUAUGGAAGCCAGUGGAAGCAUGGAUCUUGCAAAUAAUGUUCUUGCCCGGGCAACCCAAGUCUUUGUCAAGAGACAACCUGAGAUACAUCUUUUUUGUGCUCGGGUCAAGGAGCAGACCGGAGAUAUAGCUGGUGCAAGAGCUGCGUAUCAACUUGUGCAUACUGAGAUUUCUCCUGGUCUUCUUGAAGCAAUUAUCAGGCAUGCCAAUAUGGAAUACCGACUGGGAAAGUUGGAGGAUGCCUUCUCUUUGUAUGAACAAGCCAUUGCAAUUGAGAAAGGAAAAGAACAUUCGCAAACAUUGCCGAUGUUGUUUGCUCAGUAUUCUCGAUUUGUUUAUUUGGCUUCUGGGAAUGCAGAAAAGGCGAGACAGAUUCUAGUUGAGGGGCUUGAGAAUGUUCUGUUGUCAAAGCCACUGCUUGAGGCUUUAUUGCAUUUUGAGGCUAUUCAACCCCUGCCAAAGCAAGUUGAUAUUGACUAUCUGGAAUCAGUGGUUGUCAAAUUCAUAAUGCCCAACCCAGAGAGCCAUGGUGUAGCGAGUGCAACCGAGCGUGAGGAACUUUCUAGCAUUUUUCUGGAGUUUCUAAAUCUCUUUGGAGAUGUUCAAUCCAUCAAGAGGGGUGAGGAUAGGCAUGCCAAACUGUUCUUGCCACAUAGGAGCAUGUCAGAGUUGAAAAAACGUCAUGCAGAGGAUCUCUUAGCUUCAGAUAAAACGAAAGUGCCAAGAACUUAUUCUGUUCCAUCACCUGCCCAAUCUCUGAUAGGUGCAUAUCCAAGUGCACAAAACCAGUGGACUAAUUAUGGAGGACAACCUCAAGCUUGGCCACCGGUGACUCAAGCACAAGGACAACAAUGGGCUGCUGGUUACACCCAACAGGCUUCUUAUGGGGCGUAUGCUGGAUAUGGGGUAAACUACGCAAACUCACAAUUGCCUGCCGCAGUUCCACAAAAUACUGCAUACGGAGCCUAUCCUCCUGCAUAUCCUGUUCAGCCGGCAGUUCCUCAACAAAAUUAUGCACAACAACCUGCUGCAGUUCCUGCACAACAACCUGCUGCAGUUCCUCAGGCCUAUUACGGGAGUUACUAUUGAGCUGACAAAAUGAGAUGCCUACUGUUUUCGCUGCCUGUAAUUUUUUCUUUCUUUCUCAAUAUUAUAGGUAAUUUGAUAUUAGGGAAUUUGGAGCAUAGAUGUAGUGUAAACUUGAGUAUACACUUAAGGUAGAAAAUCAUUUUGUCUGAGUUGCAAUUGUAUGUUAGUUAAAUUUGGUUCUUAAAAUUUUUUUAUUCAGUAUUUUUCUUUUCACUGGUCAGUGCUUGUUCUUUUCAUUAUGCGGAACCUAUUCAAUAACAAUUUCUU